ACAGGUUUGGGACCCGGCAUCGCGCUCUCCUCGGAGCCGGCAGACGGAGCUCGGCCGUGAGCGGGGCAUGAACCUGGAGGGCGGCGGCGGCGGCGGCGGCGGCGGCGAGUGCGGGAUGAGCUCGGUGAGCUGCGGGAACGGGAAGCUGCGCCAGUGGCUGAUCGACCAGAUCGACAGCGGCAAGUACCCGGGGCUGGUGUGGGAGAACGAGGAGAAGAGCAUCUUCCGCAUCCCCUGGAAGCACGCCGGCAAGCAGGACUACAACCGCGAGGAGGAUGCCGCCCUCUUCAAGGCAUGGGCACUCUUUAAAGGAAAGUUCAGAGAAGGUAUUGAUAAACCAGAUCCCCCAACUUGGAAGACACGGUUGCGCUGCGCUUUGAACAAAAGCAAUGACUUUGAAGAACUGGUUGAGAGAAGUCAGCUGGAUAUCUCAGAUCCAUACAAAGUGUACAGAAUAGUUCCCGAAGGAGCCAAAAAAGGAGCAAAGCAGCUCAGCAUGGAGGAUCAGCAGAUAAUUAUGAGCCAUCCUUAUACAAUGACUUCCCCUUACACUUCAUUACAGCCUCAGGUACCAAACUACAUGAUGCCCCAUGACCGAAACUGGAGAGAUUAUGUUCCAGAGCAGCCUCAUCCAGACAUCCCUUACCAAUGUCCAAGUGUUCCUUAUACCGCUCGCAGUCAUCACUGGCAAGGGUCUGCUUGUGAAAAUGGUUGCCAGGUGACAGGAACCUUUUAUGCUUGUGCUCCACCUGAGUCACAGGCUCCUGGAAUACCCAUAGAGCCAAGCAUAAGGUCUGCUGAAGCCCUGGCACUCUCAGAUUGCCGCCUGCAUAUUUGUUUGUAUUACCGUGAAAUCUUGGUGAAGGAGUUAACCACCUCGAGCCCUGAAGGCUGUAGGAUAUCUCAUGGUCAGAGCUAUGAGGCCAGCAAUAUGGAUCAGGUCCUCUUCCCCUAUCCAGAGGAUAAUGCCCAGAGGAAAAACAUAGAGAAACUGCUGAGCCACUUAGAGAGGGGAGUCCUUCUCUGGAUGGCUCCUGAUGGGCUUUAUGCCAAAAGACUUUGCCAAAGUAGGAUCUACUGGGAUGGACCUCUGGCAUUAUGCAGCGACCGUCCUAAUAAACUGGAAAGGGAACAGACCUGCAAACUUUUUGACACGCAACAAUUUCUAUCAGAGUUGCAAGUAUUUGCUCAUCAUGGACGCCCCUUGCCAAGAUUUCAGAUUGCUUUAUGCUUUGGGGAAGAAUUUCCAGAUCCUCAAAGACAGAGGAAGCUAAUCACAGCCAAUGUUGAACCUUUGCUUGCCAGACAGCUGUACUAUUUUGCUCAGCAAAACAGUGGACCCUUUUUGAGGGGCUAUGAUUUACCAGAAAUCAUCUCUAGCCAAGAGGAUUAUCACAGAUCAAUACGCCAUUCUUCCAUUCAGGAAUGAAGUGUGCAAGACAAAGAGAUUUGAGUCCAUUGUAAAAAAUUGGGGGGUAACAGAAAACUGUGAUUAAACAUUUUUUUCUUUUGAGGAGCUGGA